GGAAGGCCCGACUAAAAGCCUGCACAUCCGCCUUGUAACAGAGUUCUGGCAACGGCUCAGCUGAGUAAGCCCCCUCAUCGUACCCGGAGUAGGGUUCCCAGGAGACCUGGUGACAUCAAAAUGAGAGGAGGGACCAUGUAAGACAUUCCUACACCACUCCCUUUCACGCAGGACUUCCUCACUUGAAGUCGAAAACAGCAGAAGAGAGAUCCCCCCAAAAAAUUCUUUCUAGGAUGGCUGCAAUGAGGAGCUGGUGGGACCUCUAUAUGCUCGGUCCCUGGGCGCCUCCUCCUACUAUGGGCUCUUUACCACAGCCCGCUUUGCCCGGCUGCACGGCAUCAGUGGAUGGUCGCCCCGGAUUGGGGACCCGAAUCCCUGGCUCCAGAUAGACUUAAUGUCCAAGCAUCGGAUCCGGGCUGUGGCCACACAGGGAGCCUUUAAUUCUUGGGAUUGGGUCACACGUUACAUGCUGCUCUACGGGGACCGUGUGGACAGCUGGACACCAUUCUACCAACAAGGGCACAACGCGACCUUCUUCGGUAACGUCAAUGAGUCGGCGGUGGUUCGCCACGACCUGCACUACCACUUCACGGCUCGCUACGUCCGCAUCGUGCCGCUGGCCUGGAACCCGCGCGGCAAGAUCGGCCUGCGGCUGGGCCUCUACGGCUGUCCCUACAAGUCCGACAUACUGUAUUUUGACGGCGAUGAUGCCAUCUCGUACCGCUUCCCGCGAGGGGUCAGCCAAAGUCUUUGGGACGUGUUCGCUUUUAGUUUCAAGACCGAGGAGAAGGAUGGGCUACUGCUUCACACCGAGGGCUCCCAGGGGGAUUAUGUGACGCUUGAACUGCAGGGGGCACACCUGCUGCUGCACAUGAGCCUGGGCAGCAGCCCCAUCCAGCCAAGACCCGGUCACACCACGGUGAGUGCUGGCGGCGUCCUUAACGACCUAAGCUGGCACUAUGUACGGGUGGACCGAUAUGGCCGAGAAGCAAAUCUCACCCUGGACGGUUAUGUCCAUCGCUUUGUGCUCAAUGGCGACUUUGAGAGGCUGAAUCUGGAUAAUGAGAUAUUCAUCGGGGGUUUGGUGGGCGCAGCGCGUAAGAACCUGGCAUACCGGCAUAACUUCCGUGGCUGCAUAGAAAACGUGAUCUACAAUCGAAUCAACAUCGCCGACCUGGCAGUGCGGCGCCAUUCGCGGAUUACCUUCGAGGGUAAUGUGGCUUUCCGUUGCUUGGAUCCCGUUCCACACCCCAUCAACUUUGGAGGCCCUCACAACUUCGUCCAAGUGCCUGGGUUUCCGCGCCGCGGCCGCUUCGCAGUCUCCUUUCGCUUCCGCACCUGGGACCUCACGGGGCUGCUCCUUUUUUCUCGCUUGGGAGAUGGGCUGGGUCACGUGGAGCUGAUGCUUAGCGAAGGGCAAGUCAACGUCUCCAUCGCGCAGAGUGGCCGCAAGAAGCUUCAGUUUGCUGCUGGAUACCGCCUGAAUGAUGGAUUCUGGCACGAGGUCAACUUUGUGGCCCAGGAAAACCAUGCAGUCAUCAGUAUCGAUGACGUGGAGGGGGCAGAGGUCAGGGUCUCAUCCCCACUGCUGAUCCGCACAGGGACUUCAUACUUCUUUGGCGGUUGUCCCAAACCAGCCAGUCAGUGGGGCUGCCACUCCAACCAGACAGCAUUUCAUGGCUGUAUGGAGCUGCUCAAGGUGGAUGGUCAGCUGGUCAACCUGACUCUGGUGGAGUUCCGGAAGCUUGGCUACUUUGCUGAGGUCCUCUUCGACACCUGUGGCAUCACAGACAGAUGCAGCCCUAACAUGUGUGAGCAUGACGGUCGCUGCUACCAGUCUUGGGACGACUUCAUUUGCUACUGUGAACUCACUGGCUACAAGGGAGUCACUUGCCAUGAACCUUUGUAUAAGGAAUCCUGCGAAGCCUAUCGGCUCAGUGGGAAGUUUUCUGGAAACUUCACCAUUGAUCCCGAUGGCAGUGGACCCCUGAAGCCAUUUGUGGUGUAUUGUGAUAUCCGAGAGAACCGAGCAUGGACGGUCGUGCGGCAUGACAGGCUAUGGACAACUCGAGUGACAGGUUCCAGCAUGGAGCGGCCCUUUCUGGGGGCUGUCCAAUACUGGAAUGCCUCCUGGGAGGAAGUCAGUGCUCUGGCCAAUGCUUCCCAGCACUGUGAGCAGUGGAUCGAGUUUUCCUGCUACAAUUCACGGCUGCUCAAUACUGCAGGAGGCUACCCCUACAGCUUUUGGAUUGGCCGGAAUGAGGAACAGCACUUCUAUUGGGGAGGCUCGCAGCCUGGGAUCCAGCGCUGUGCCUGUGGGCUGGACCGGAGCUGUGUGGACCCUGCCCUGCACUGCAACUGUGAUGCCGACCAGCCGCAGUGGAGAACGGACAAGGGGCUGCUGACCUUUGUGGACCAUCUGCCUGUCACGCAGAUAGUGGUAGGGGAUACAAACCGGUCCAGUUCUGAAGCUCAGUUCUUCCUGAGGCCUCUGCGUUGCUAUGGGGACCGCAAUUCCUGGAACACUAUAUCCUUCCAUACCGGAGCUGCACUGCGAUUCCCUCCGAUCCGUGCCAACCACAGCCUCGAUGUCUCCUUCUACUUUAGGACCUCGGCCCCCUCGGGAGUCUUUCUAGAGAACAUGGGGGGCCGUUUCUGCCAGUGGCGCCGACCUUACGUGCGAGUGGAACUCAACACAUCCCGGGAUGUAGUCUUUGCCUUUGAUAUUGGCAACGGGGAUGAGAACCUGACAGUGCACUCAGAUGACUUCGAGUUCAACGACGACGAAUGGCAUUUGGUCCGGGCUGAGAUCAAUGUGAAGCAGGCCCGCCUACGAGUGGACCAUCGGCCCUGGGUGCUACGGCCCAUGCCCCUGCAGACCUACAUCUGGCUGGAGUAUGACCAGCCCCUCUAUGUUGGAUCUGCAGAGCUUAAGAGGCGCCCUUUUGUGGGUUGCUUGAGGGCCAUGCGUCUGAACGGAGUGACUCUGAACCUGGAGGGCCGUGCCAAUGCCUCUGAGGGCACCUUCCCCAACUGCACGGGCCACUGCACCCACCCCCGCUUCCCCUGUUUCCAUGGAGGACGUUGUGUGGAGCGAUACAGCUACUACACGUGUGACUGUGACCUCACGGCUUUUGAUGGGCCAUAUUGUAAUCAUGACAUUGGUGGAUUUUUUGAGACUGGUACAUGGAUGCGCUAUAACCUUCAGUCGGCACUGCGCUCUGCGGCCCGGGAGUUCUCCCACAUGCUGAGCCGACCUGUGCCAGGCUAUGAGCCUGGCUAUAUUCCGGGCUACGACACUCCUGGUUAUGUGCCUGGCUACCAUGGCCCUGGGUACCGCCUGCCCGACUAUCCGAGGCCUGGCCAGCCGGUGCCGGGGUAUCGGGGUCCCGUCUACAAUGUCACUGGAGAGGAGGUCUCCUUCAGCUUCAGCACCUACUCUGCACCUGCCGUCCUCCUUUAUGUCAGCUCCUUUGUCCGUGACUACAUGGCUGUGCUCAUCAAGGAAGACGGGACCCUCCAGCUUCGGUAUCAGUUGGGUACCAGUCCCUACGUGUAUCAGCUGACCACUCGGCCAGUCACUGAUGGGCAGCCCCAUAGUGUCAACAUCACCCGGGUCUACCGAAACCUCUUCAUCCAGGUGGACUACUUCCCGCUGACAGAACAGAAGUUCUCUCUGCUGGUGGACAGCCAGCUGGACUCACCCAAGGCCUUGUAUCUAGGCCGAGUGAUGGAGACAGGAAUCAUUGACCCAGAGAUCCAGAGGUACAACACUCCAGGUUUCUCAGGCUGCCUGUCUGGUGUCCGGUUCAACAACGUGGCUCCCCUCAAGACGCAUUUCCGAACACCCCGCCCCAUGACUGCUGAGCUAGCAGAGGCCAUGCGGGUUCAAGGAGAACUGUCGGAGUCUAACUGUGGAGCGAUGCCACGCCUUGUCUCCGAGGUGCCCCCAGAGCUUGACCCCUGGUACCUGCCCCCAGAUUUCCCAUUCUACCAUGAUGACGGAUGGGUGGCCAUACUCUUGGGCUUUUUGGUGGCCUUCCUGCUGCUGGGGCUUGUGGGAAUGCUGGUGCUCUUCUACCUGCAAAAUCAUCGCUACAAGGGUUCCUACCACACCAACGAGCCCAAGGCCAGCCACGAUCACCAUCCUGGCAGCAAAACUCCCCUACCUCCUUCAGGCCCUGCCCAGGCCCCUGCCCCGACUCCAGCUCCCACCCAGGCUCCGACCCCGACCCCAGCCCCGACCCCAGCCCCAGCCUCUGGCCCAGGCCCCAGGGACCAGAACCUCCCCCAGAUCUUGGAGGAAUCCAGGUCUGAAUGAGUCAUAAGGGCUUUAACGAUCAAGUCCAACUCCUCUGAGAUGCCCCAACUCCUUCCUCUCCCUUAUCCUGCCAGGGACAUUUGGCUCUUCUUCUCAGGCUCUGUUCACCGGGAGGAUUCCCUAUGCCAAGUUUGGUGGGCAGAGCUACAGAUGGGACCAAAGGGAGUGGCUGAGCCUCACUGCCUAAACCAAUGCCCUGCUCAUCCUCCCCGCCCCCAGGCUCCUGGCUGUUGGCCUGCCCCACAGCAGAAGCCCCCCAGGGCUGAGACAGACCUUUCCUGCCAUCUCUGCCCCAGCUGCUGGUAGGGAUUAACCACCUAGGGCAGGGAGAUGAAGGAUACUUCCCUUCCUGUGUACAUUAUCAGCAGGGACAGAUGUGGGGGGCUGCAGGACUGCACAGGGCAUGCGGGGAGGGGGGAGGCUGCUACAACACACCCAGGCCUCCCUGCCUGCCCUGCUGACCGGCUGUCUUCCAUCUGCUUCCUCUCAGCUGGGGGUGAGCAGGGAGGACUUCACCUUCCCUACCUCACCCCACCCACCCCUUUGUUUUCACAGAGACCGAGGUCUUGUCUAGCACUUUAGUACCCUCGCUGCUUCACGCGCUUCAGCCAAAGCCAUAAAAGCCCUGCAAGUAGAAAACACUAACGCAGACACCUUGCCUAGCCAGUCCUCUGCUCUCCCGACCCUUUCCAAAAUAUGCAAUAGCCUUGGUGCCUGGCCCCAGGCCUGGCCCCUCCAAUGCAUGAGGAACCCGCUUCCCUCUGCUCAGAGAUGCUGCUGUGUUUGCCCAGCUCAUAUUCUUUAUAUAUAUAUUUUUUGUUGCAAAGUCUCUCUCCAGAGAAACUAUAUAUUAUUCUAAUUUUUAAAUUAUUUGUUUACAUAUGAAAAAGAACUCAGUGGGCUGUCCUGUGCCGAGUCUAUAGUGAGCUCCUUCUGUGCUGGACGUCUCGCUUGUCCUGCCAGCCACUCGCCCAGCUUGCUGGGCCUCCACUCUACAGGAGGGCAGAGCCUGUGGUGCCCUCAACUGAGCAGGUCCAAUAAAGCGGAGUGGCAGAGCCCAGUCUGUGUGUGGUAGCUGAUGUCACGGUCAGGGAUGAACGGAGAGGAGUUUUGCUUUGUUUAUUGUUUCCCACUAAAUAUUUUUUUAAUCAUGAGAAAUGGAGUGUUUUUAAGCAAACUACUCUGAAAGCUUAGAAACUAAACUUCUAGUUCUCAAAACCUAUGUAUAUAAACUGGGUGGUGGUGGUGGUGCACACCUUUAAUUCCAGCACUCAGAAGGCAGAGCAAGUGGAUCUGAGUUCUAGGCCUGCCUGGUCUACAGAGCAAGUUCCAGGACAGCCAAGGCUUCAUAGAGAGACCCUGUCCCUGAAAACCAAAAAACAAGCCGAGGUGGCUUCACCCUCCUAGUCCCCUAGACCUCAGACGAUAGUGGGGAUCGGGAGCUGAAGUUUCUGCCCAUCUGCUGCCAUGCCACCACCUCUGACCCUUCCAGCCCAAGAACACAGGACACACUUGCCAAAGUGGAUUCUAACACUUUAUUAGAGAAGAGGUCACAAGCCACAGGACUUUAAAGUGCAAGAAAUUCCCCGGCAAUAAAGCCACAUGUACACCAGCUCCCCACCCGUCCACACCACCUCUCUGGAUCCGUCAUCUUAUGUGAGGUGGGGCAGAGGUGGGGAGGAGGGUUGGGACCCGUCAUUAAAACAGAGGACAGCAGGGACCAAGAACAGCGAUGGAGGAGCAGAGUAUUAGGGGCUGCCAGUGAUGCUUGCUGAGGGAAGGCUCAGGGCAGUCUAGAACCGACAUGUUUUAAAACAUUCCUUACGGUUAGGCCCUUGUCCACCUGUCUCUGGUUCCCCCAAAGAAAGAGUGAGUAAUUCAGAGCCUCCAGUUGGGCUCGAGGGUAUCCCUGAUACAACAGACACAAACCACCGGCAGAUGCCAGUUUCACAACUGUGGUGUGCACUGGCCCAACUGCAGGGUGGGGAGAGGCUACUGUCAGGAGCUGUUGGGUGUGUGCUGAGUGUGAGGUACAUGUGCCUACCAGUGUGGUGAGGGAGUGUGUAUGUGCACAAGCAUGCAUGUCCCAUGCAAUUCCCUAAGAGGCAGUAUGGCCAAAGGGAGCCUGGCUUCUUUGGUGGGACAAGCACUGUGGGGUGGGGAGAGGGGAGUGGUCAGUAAGAACCAUGGGAAAAGCUCUGGUUCUAACUCCCGAGGCGUCUGUACCUGCCUGGGUCCUUUCUACCCAGAACAACGCCCCUGUUCUAGCACACCAGACCCAAGGCAGCUGGGUCUACAGUUUCGGUUCUUGUGUCAAUCAGCUCCUCCUGCCUCUCACAGGUGAGACAGAACUGGAGAAUCUUCCACUCUCCUCUUCCUCCUUCAGAGGUGGGAUUUGGGCAGGAACCCCAGAGACCUUGGCUCAAACUCCAUUCCAAUCUACAGACCUUCUAAGAGAAAGUUAAAGUGCUUUGUUCUGCAUGGAUCUCAGAGAGAACGGUAGUCUGCCUGCACUGUGAUACCCUGCUCAAUGUGCUGCAGAACCCCCACACCUUCGAACACCCCACCAGCAGCUAUACAGACAGUAAACCACACAGUGACCUCUCCUCUCUAGUCUAGACUAGACCCAGCUACCCUGAAGAAAGGACCUAGCUUUGAGGGAUGGAAGGGCCUGAGGACAAGUGCAGCUUAGUGACCAGAGUGCUUACUCCCAGGCAGACUCAGCCCACGCUCAGCAGCCUAGGCCUGCUACCACUGAGCUGGAACUUUGGAAGGAGCUGGGUCGCUGCCGCCUACUGCUGAGUCUGACGAUGCCCUGCUACCCCACAGUCAAUGAGACAGGUCUUUCCAAGCCUCCGGGGCCCGGGCUCUGACUGGCUCCCCCUCUGUCCACAGGAGGGUGGCACAUAGCUUUCCCUCCUGCAGUCUUCAAUUUCUGCUUUGAUGUCACAGAGACACAUUUCCCUCUGAGUUCUGUCUGUAAUAUCUGUCAGGCUCCAGGGACCUGGCUUCACUCAGCAAUGCCUGAGAGGCGGGGACACAAGCACUCCUGACCAGGAAAAGCUAACAUGGCAGUGCUGGUUGGCUCCUGAGGCCCACAGUUUGGGAGCUGAGGAGAAAUCGAGCAUCGCUAUCCACCCCUGCCCUUGGCCUCCUCUGAUCUGGAGGGGCAGCUUCUCUCAUCUGAACUCCCCUGGGAGACCAGGUCUUCACAGCCUGCUUCCCUUCGCACUGAGGCUGUGUGUCUCCUUGGAAUACAGUGGAGGCCUAGUUACAGGAGUGGGUGGGGUUCUCAGCAUGGAAGACAUUGCAGGAGCUGGAGCAGCAGUGGUGUGUGCCUCAAGUCAAGACAGCGCUGCUACCACAGCACUGCCAGAGGGCCCGGGGGCUAGAGGAAGUCGGUCUCCCGCUCGAUGCCCACAUACUUGAGGGCAUCAGCUUGGCUGUACCUAU